UCAGUGCUUUCAGUUUGGAGCCCACGAGCCGGACACGGAGGGCAGAGCUCUCCCCAGAAGGAGGGGCUGGCAGCAAGGAAUCGGGCCAGGUGAGAGGAAGAUGAAGGUCCUGCUGAUACUGGCAGUGCUGCUUACCUGCAGUGUGUUCAUGGCUCAUGGGAAGCCCUCCCGCACAUACCCACCAGGACUGGAAGGAAGCACUGUAGGAAAUCUGACCGGCCAGGGCUGCUACUCGGGACGGGGCAGCAGCAGCAUAACCAAGGCUUCAAUGGACCGGUGCUGCCGGCUCCGUGCCUGCUGCUACGCCAAGCUGGCUGCAGGGCGCUGCCGCCUGAGACCCACACAGCCCCUCUCAGCACUCAGGGCAAGAAUCCCCACUUGCAGGUCUGGGACCUGGUGUCAGCGCGGUGCCUGCAGAUGUGAGCAGAGAGCUCAGCUCUGCCGGGCGAGGGACCGAGGGCUGCUCCGCCCCCCCAGCAAGUGCCAGGGACGAGUCGGGAGGACAACAAACUGCCCAUGAAGCUGAGUCAUUAUACACUGGAUUGGAGGAGGGAGAGCAGUGCAGAUGAGAUGGUUCAGCGCAGAAAAACAAGGGAGGGGUGGACAACUGCACCUUGUCGUUGCAAAGGACGAGAUGAUGAAAACCAGCACAAGCUCCUCCACGGACACUCAUUUCCCCUUGGCUCAAGCCCCCCCAUGCAUCCUUUCAGCUCCCUCCGCUUCUGCUUUGCUGCAGAUUCUCUUCUGUUGUUCCAAAAUAAAACCAGUGAGCAU